AUGAGCAUCACAGACGUCCUCAGUGCUGAUGACAUUGCAGCAGCCCUGCAGGAGUGCCGAGAUCCAGAUACCUUUGAACCCCAAAAAUUCUUCCAGACUUCGGGCCUCGCUAAGAUGUCGGCCAGUCAGGUGAAAGAUGUUUUUCGUUUCAUAGACAACGACCAGAGUGGGUACCUGGAUGAAGAAGAGCUGAAGUUUUUCCUCCAGAAGUUUGAGAGUGGUGCUAGAGAACUGACCGAGUCAGAAACCAAGUCCCUGAUGGCAGCUGCAGACAACGACGGAGACGGGAAGAUCGGGGCUGAUGAAUUCCAGGAAAUGGUACAUUCUUAA